UCUGUUCGUCUCAUCCAUCCUGAGCUAGUGAAGCUCGACUUCAAAGCGGGAGAGUGAGAAAGAGAGAGAGAGAGGUUCAGGGAAGAAGAAGGGCGCAAUGCGUUUCGCCGUGCUGCUGCUGCUCGUCUGCACGGCGGCCCGCGCCGCCGCGGUCGUCACCGACGGGCUUCUGCCGAAUGGCAACUUCGAGGCCGGCCCCCCGAAGACGGACCUGGUGAACGGCACGGUGGUGAAGGGCGGCAACGCGAUCCCCAACUGGGAGACGUCGGGCUUCGUGGAGUACAUCGAGUCCGGGCACAAGCAAGGCGACAUGCUGCUUGUGGUGCCGCAGGGCGCGCACGCCGUGCGCCUGGGCAACGAGGCCUCCAUCCGGCAGAAGCUCGCCGUGGCCCGCGGCUCCUACUACGCCAUCACCUUCAGCGCGGCGCGCACCUGCGCGCAGGCGGAGCGGAUCAACAUCUCCGUGAGCCCGGAGUCCGGCGUGCUCCCGAUGCAGACCAUCUACGGCAGCAACGGCUGGGACUCGUACGCGUGGGCGUUCAAGGCCAAGCUGGACGUCGUCCAGCUCGUCCUCCACAACGUGGGGAUCGAGGAGGACCCGGCGUGCGGCCCGCUGGUGGACGCCGUGGCCAUCAGGACGCUGUACCCGCCGACGCUCUCCAAGGGGAACAUGCUCAAGAACGGCGGCUUCGAGGAAGGGCCUUACUUCCUGCCCAACGCGUCGUGGGGCGUGCUGGUGCCGCCCAACAUCGAGGACGACCACUCGCCGCUCCCGGCGUGGAUGAUCAUGUCGUCCAAGGCCGUCAAGUACGUGGACAGCGCGCACUUCAGGGUGCCCGAGGGGACACGCGCCGUGGAGCUCGUGGGCGGCAAGGAGAGCGCGCUGGUGCAGGAGGUGCGCACCGUGCCCGGGUGGACCUACCGCCUGACGUUCGCCGUGGGCGACGCCGCCGACGGGUGCACCGGGUCCAUGGUCGCCGAGGCCUACGCGGCGCGCGCCAUCGUCAAGGUGCCGUACGAUUCCAAGGGCGCCGGGGGUUUCAAGCGCGCCGUGCUGGACUUCGCGGCCGUUGGGAACCGCACCAGGAUCGUGUUCCAGAGCACGUUCUACCACAUGAAGGCUGAUGGCACCCUCUGCGGGCCGGUCAUCGACGACGCCAAGCUCGUCGGCCUCAAAAAGAAGCCUGCCGCCCGCCGGCUCAUGCUGUGAUUAACUAGUGAGAGCCUGCACAAGAACCGCCGGAUCGGAGUGAGUAGUAUUUAUUGGUAGCCUUUUUCUUGGUUUGGUGUGUCGGCUGUGUGUGUGUGUGUAUGUGUGAGCUGGGGGUGUCCGGUUCGUGUGCGCCCCGUGGUUAUACUUGCAGGGGGUGGUUGUUAAUUUUGCUUUCUUCAUACUAUGUCAACAAGAUGAGGUGAUGCUUAAUUUGGCUUGGCCCGGGGGUUAACGUAGGCCAGACCAAAGAUAAGGCACACGAUCAAUCAAUGGCAAAUGUUACUAUCUCUUUUAAGCAUUUAGGUUAGGCCCUUUUUCA